ACAUGGGUCUGGAAAACGAGAAAUCGGACACUAGUAUAAUUAUGGACGAAGACGAGUUCAACAGAUCGAUAGAACCCAUUCUGUCGAAGAAGGGGAAGGUGUACUCAGCGCCGCCGGACAGAGAUCCAAACGAUAUCAACGCGCACUUGAAGAUUGGUUUCGAAGAUGUCAUCGCGGAGCCCCUCUCCUCUCACAGCUUCGACAGAGUGUGGAUAGGAAGCCACGCCGUGUUUGAGCUGAUCAAAUUCAUCUUUUACCGCCUGCUGACCACGCUGCUGGCGGUGCCCAUGGCUUUCAUCCUCGGACUGGUUUUCGGGGUGCUCAGCUGCAUCCACAUCUGGUUGGUGAUGCCCGUAGUCCAGAGCCUCUUGAUGCUGUUACCGUCGGUCCAGGUGGUGUGGAGGAGCCUGACAGACAUGUUCAUAACGCCGCUCUUCUACAGCAUGGGAAAGAGCCUGUCCUCCAUUCAGGUUAAAACCACAGAGAACUGAUGCAGACACCUCUCUGUCCCCAAGGAGGAAGAAAUGUAGGACAAACUGGAGCCAAAGGAAAAAGGGGGUGAAUGAUACUUGUAGGGGGAAUAUGUGAGCUCUUUAUAAAGUAAAACAUAAACUCCUGCAGAAUCCUGUGCAAAGGAUUUACAACUGUAAGAUUAAGAUUUUAUCAAAAUGGUGACGUUAGUGUUUAGUUUAUAAGACAUCUUGGUCUCAAUGCAGGUCAUUCACUCUUGGUAAUGUAAAAAGCGGAAAGACAUUUGGGUUAAAACUGGACAUUUUUACAUGUCAACAAGUUAAAUGUAACUGUUGUUUCACCUUAAUUUAAAUGAAUAUAUUUCAAUGUGUAGUUAGGACCUAAUACAUAUUGAAAUAUAGUCAUUUACAUGCUGUUUAAAUACCAGAUAUAUGUACCAAAUGUCUAAAAAAUCUCACUUUUCAACCAAAUUUAGACCUGUUUUAACCUAAAUGCUGAGACAUCAUUUGACCUACAAAUCAAUUAAUAGAUGUAUCUCUAUAAGAACAUAAAUGGUCAAUGAUAAACAUUUUUACUGUGUGGGACUUUAUGAAGAGCUCAUGUGCACCACCCAAAAUGGAGUUGUUUUGCUGAUUGUGACCAAAAAAAAAAAUUCUUGUCAUUCCAUAACUUCGUACUGAGAGAGACGGAGUGUAACAUUGUUGUCAAAGGCAAAUAUACUGCUGAGUUGCUGAGAGAUGUAAUAUUUCUGCUUCUUUUUUAUAUGUUGUAUAUAUUGCAGAUAAUUCAGCUAGAGGUUGAAUGAAAUGAACCGAAUCAGAGUUCUGCUAGAGAGACGUUUAUAAGGAUUAUUAAAUACUAAGAUGCAGCUUGUUGCUUAUUUUAUCUGCUGUGUUGAUCUCAGUGCGUUGACAAUAGGCUACUACCAGGCGCUCGCUUUGGUAUGAAUCUAAUAUAAAUAAACUUAACAUAGAUUUAAAGAUAUUAUUGAACAUGGAUUGGAUAUCAUCAGAGAAGUGGCUGUCUAAUUUAUUAUUUAUAUGCAAUGACCAAUUCUUUGUUUGGCAGCCAUUUUUGGCAUAAUCUGACUUAAGAGGACUUCACUUGAGUAACUUCAGAGUGAUGAAGGACACGUUUUGUACUGUGUUUAGUUGAAGCCUCGGUCGACCUGAGAUUCCGGUACAUGCUUAUUUAAUUGUUAAAGAAGUGCUUGUUGUUGGACGCCGCAAUGCUGCUACAGUAGUUAGAAGGCUUUUUGAUUUUCAUUUACUUCCAGAGACAAACUUGCAGAAAAAAUCAGACUUUUGCCCUUUUUUUUUUUGCUGUAGCGUAGAUAGAGUUGAGUUUCAAGUACAAGCCUGCGCAGUUUCCUCUUGCUAACAGCUGUACAAUCUGAACUUUAAAUUUAGAGAGAAAGAGUGCCACAGUAACUGAGCUGACUGCCAGAAAAUGGUGAAAAAUAUCUGUGUUUCCCAAAGCUCAAGAUGACAUCCUCACAUGUCUUCUUCUGUCCUGACCAACAGUCUACUCAACUCAACACUAAGAUAUCCAGUCGACUAUCAUAGACGACAUCAAAACAGAUGCUGAUUCAUUUAAUAAUCGGCAACUAAUGGAUUAAUCGACUAAUCGUUCCAGCUCUAGUUUUGGCCAGUUGGUUGCAGAGGAACUCCACAACAAGCUGAUAAACACACAUCUCUGACAUAUUAAAGCUUUCCCAGAUAACAUAUAAAGAUGGGCCACUUUAGGCAAUGAUGCAGUGCUGCAAAAUGGAUCCAAGCCUGAAACAGCACAACAUGUAAAAUAGCAAAUAUGGCUGAAAAAUCCCAAAUCAAAUGUGGGCCUUUUUUGGUAAAGAUGUGGUGCUUUCACUGGAUGUGGACCAGUUCUGCUUUAUCUGGUUUGUUCUUGGUUGAUAUACGGCGUUGCUACGGCUUGCUUGCGGCCUAACUCUGGGAAACAGGAGCGGACCGCCCAAGUGCCAUCAUUCCACACGAUACAUGGGCCGGAUCUGGGCCACAGCAAAAUUGCUAUCUGCAAACAUCCAACAAGACACAGAGCAACACUGGCAGUCAUUCGGACAUGUGUUUCUGUGGUCCUUUUUACUCAUGAGAACCAUAUCUGGCUAUUAAGCUACUAGAUGUUCCACUUUUGUUAGAAUAAAUUUGCUAACUUUGUCUGUCAGCUGUUGGGUGCUGGGCAGGUAGCGUACAGAGGGUUGAUCUGCUACACUUUGAAACACAGCUGAGGAGAGAAACGGGACUGAAACAUACAGUGAGCGUGCCAUAAAACCAAAACUAAUUAAGAAAUAUUAAUUAGUGGAACUUUAACCUUACAGCCAAGACUGAUCACAGGCUAAUCGCCAUGAAAAAAGAUAGAACCGCCAAUUAAGAGAGAGGUAAAAAUGAACACUACUAAAAUACACAUCCACAAUACAGAUACAUGAACUGCCUGUUUAUUGAAGUCUGCAGAUCGUAGGGGAUUUUCGCCACCGAUUUCUAAACAGCAGUCAGACACUGUAUGAUGUGAUAUUUGGAUUCUAGCUGACAACUGAAGCUCAGUAGUCCCGUCAGAACGUUUUUAAUCCUCGCAUGGAUGUCAGACUGCUGACAAGCUGCCAGCCAACAUGCUUGUGUUCAGUUUUUCAGCUCUAAGAGGAAAUUGAAGGUAGGGUUGCGCAAUAGUGGAAGACACAGGUGUGUUGCUGCUAAAGCCUCUUCUCUCCCCUCCACAGCAUGUAGCACUAACUAACCUCAGCUCAGCCGUUUAACUCUUUAAGUUAUUUUUUUCCAAAGGUUGCGUAUUUAUUUUGGACAAAAAUGUCAUUACCUAACAUUCAUUAGUCAGUAAAAGUGUUUUCAUUGUUUUUUAGCUGUUGCUUUACUCAGACUAUUGAUAUACUCAUUAUAGGAUGAACCUGCAAGCCAAAUGUGUUUUUUCAUGAUCAAAAUAAAAACAGUUGUACUCAAGGUAA